AUGGCCACCCACCCGAGGGAGCCGGCAUCGUCCCCGACAAAUGCGCGAGACAACCCGGAAGAAGAGGAAAUAACCAUUAUCACUGGAGAAAUGGCUGUGAUGCUGGACGCGCUGGGGUGCCUCCAGUCCGACAGCCGAAUCCUCAGAACAAUUGUCCUGGUGGGUCCCAAAAUGGAGGUAUCAGAGUUCGACUUCGACGGCGAGCAGUCGACAUACUUUACAUUCAAGCCGGCCGGAACAGACCUGCUUUUCGAGAACGGCGUCUUGGAGAUGAUCAUGGUGCGGACGCAGCGUGACGGCCAAGAUGAGACCUACGGACUAUAUCCACGACCAACGGCGCUAAUAGACGGGUUGUCGCCCACGGCGCUCCGUGCCGAUGUCGCGGCCCUCCUAGGCAAUCCGGAACGCGUCGGACCGAACUUCGACCGUCAGUAA